UAUCGAAACACCAGUAGCCACAGUCUUAGCAGGUUACUUCUGCUUCGGGAUUUUUUCCCCUUGAGAUGACUGGAGUUUUUGUAAAUAAUUUACUACAGAACUAAAUACAUUACAUAUGCAAUCUACUGGACUUUUAAUUAAUGUGGCGUCCUCAUUUCCUUGGAAUCCCCACCUCCCUUUGCUGUUUGUUUCACUUUCAGCCUUUAAAGCAGCUCGGAGGCAAUACUGAACGAGUUGUGUGUGUGACAGGAGAAGAUGAUGUUGAUGCUGAUACUUACUGCGUUUCUGUUUAAAGCCUCCAGGUCGCAGAUCAGUGGUCAUGGAAAUAAAACAGCUGUCUAUGGCGGAGAUGCGCACUAUGCAUGCUCAGUAUCAAACCCCACAGGUGUGCUCCAGGUCACAUGGCAGAGGCUUUUCAAGGAAGAGUUUGUUGAGAAUUUGGCAACCUACAGCCAGCGGUUCGGACAGCAAGUAAAUGAUCCUCACAAAGAGAAGGUGGUCUUCACGGAGGCGUCUCUCGGCUCCUCGUCCAUCACUCUGAGGAACGUGACAUGGGGGGACGACGGCUGCUAUAUUUGUUCUUUCAACGUGUUCCCCGAAGGCUCCCAGCGAAAGCAGACUUGCCUCACGGUGCGAGGGAUUUCCGAGGUGAAGAUGGAAGUUCAACAUGAGGACGGGAAGGUCGUGUUCAGGUGCUCUGCGACAGGCAAACCAGCUCCAACCAUCCACUGGGCCUUCUCGCCGGGGGUCGCGACCUCGGACCAACCGCAGAGUUCGACGGUAACCAACGGCGACGGCACGUUCACCGGCAGCAGCAACGUCACCGUGCGAGCACCUGCAGGCUGGACGGGCCACGCGGACUGCCUGCUGAACACUGGAGCGGCGGGGCAGAGACGGGAGAGGAUUCCCUUUUCUCUGCCUGACGGGAAGGAGGAAGAGGAGGGGGAAGGACUGUCCUCGACAGGGAUUGUCCUUGUAAUCGUCGUCGUGUUCCUCAUCUCAACGGCCCUCGUUGCUGCUGCAAUCAGACGACAAAGGUUAAGGGGUUUCAGACGAAAUGAAGAUGUUUGACGAGCCUGUGGACGUUCAAGCAUUAUAAAAAUCUGCAUUUAUUGCAUCUAGUUAAGUUAAAAGCUGCUCCACGGGUGGUUUUAAAAUCCAUCUCUUCUUUUGAAUGUCAAUACUCAGCAAAGCGCAAUUUAGAAUGUAAAGUUGUAUAGUCGACCUAAAGAGAGCAAGUAUGGGAUUUACAUAUCUCACUUUCACAGUCACUCACUGCAACAUUGUGCAAUAGUAAUAGUUUCUUAAAACUAUUUAACAGGCAGAUUUCAAGCAUAGCAAGCUGAUGAGUUUUGGUGAAAACAAGGAAAUGUGCGGUGGAGCAACAGCGCCAUCUAGUGUAGUGCCCAAAUUCACAAGCCCAAAUUCACAGCAAAUUAUACAUUUAAUCUGAUUUAAUGAUCUUUAAAAUUGACAUGUGAAUGUGAUUGUUCUAUUGCAAGAUUGGCACAUAUACAUAGUUAUAUGUAUACUGUUAGAUUAUUUAUAAUAUAGUAAACAAUAGACAUAAUAUAUCAAGCAUUGUGUUGCACUUUAAUGUUUGUUUGUGCACUAAGGAUUUAUUUAUUUAUUGUUACAUUGUGACUGUAAAGUUGUAAUUGUCACUUACUGUAUGUAGUAGUAUUGUUAUUCAAGGUGUUUCAAAAGAUCUUAUAUUUUACUAAUUUAUUAAUUUAUUCUCUGGCACAUGAACAUAUAUUUUUGUUAGUAAAGCGAUUGUUUUAUUUUUUUCACUGGAUUAUAUCUAUAAGAAAGGCUGCUCACUUUAUGUAAAACCAUCGAAACAACAGCAUCAGACCAGAUUAAUUGUCAUUCAUUUAUAUGACAGUGGGGGGUUGUUCCUUAAUUAUCUGGAAGUACAUCAUGAGACACAGAACCACAGUUCAAACCCAAGAAGACACACUUCCCUAUAAAGCACAUGUGCAAACAUGCAAGUACAGACACCUCUUAGCUUCUUCCUCACUGUCACUAAACAUAAAGAAGAAGGACCUUAGAGAUAGCAGAGCAAUAUCAUUAUUAUUAGCAUGCAUGUAUGCUGCUGCACUAACAAAGCUUUAACACAACAUGUCCAAAUACCCAAAGGUCAAUACUUUUUCUGAAUAUUAUUUGUUAAACUUAUACCACAAAUGGCUUUGAUUUAUGGCUCAAUGCACUAAUAAAUGUAUGUGUGUGUGGUGAUUAGCAUUAAUAAAAUGAAUACUCUU